AUGGCUGAAUAUACCUCCAGCAAGCCUAGAUUUCAGGUAAUCUCCUGCGGCCUCCCACGUACAGGCACUACAACCACUGGGCGCGCUCUCUCCAUCCUCCUCGCUGGCCCUGUGUUCGACGGAGGCAGUGACUCUUUCCGCGGACCUCCACAACGCCAGCGACUGCUUCUCUCGCUGGCCUCACUCUGCCCCGUCCGCACUUCCUCCGAUCGCAUCCUGGUCCUCGAUCACUUGCGAGAGCUCACAGAAGGAUGUGUGGCAAGCACAGAUCAGCCCGGAUGCUACUUCAUUGAAGAACUGCUGGAGCUGUACCCGAAUGCCAAGGUAAUCUGCACGACGAGGGAGAGGGAGAGCUGGUGGGCGAGUUACGUCGCGCUGUGGAGUAGUAUAUACGAAUUGUACACUCACCCGCUGUUGUGGCUCUCGCCGUCAUUGAGACGAUUCUGCGUGUUCAGCUUCGAGUUUUGGAGACGCGUGCCGCAGGCUGUUGGGAUGACGAACGUGAACUCACCACCGUGGCCGAUGGUGCAUCAGGAGGAGCUGUAUGAGCGUCACGCACAGUAUGUGAGGAGAGUCGUUCCUGAAGGGCAGCUUUAUUUCUUCGAUGUGAGAGACGGAUGGGCGCCGCUUUGCAACAUACUCGGAGUGGAAGUGCCAAAGGAGCCAUUCCCUCACGAGUUUCCGAGAAGUUGGUUGACUUCUGGGAAGGCUGCGUUGGUGGCCAAAUUAAGGAGGCGGUUUGCGCUGCUCCUUACCGUUAUUGGCUCUGUUGGUUUUAUGUUCUGGCGAUGGAAGACUGGGCAGCGGCUGUUCCCGAUGAUCUUUUAGAGUUGCGUCUGCUCAGGACAAAAAAUCAGAUUCGGAUCCAAAUGUCAUGACCGGUAAUACAAUACAAUAUGAAUCUUGUCUGAUCUUCAAACUGAGUGCAAACGUGGG